CGCCUCUGCGACACCAGCUGUCAGAGCCGCGCGUGGGGCGCGAGGGCUGGGAAUCGACUCCACUCAUCGACCCCCAAUCUCAAUCCCCACGCUGUGAGAAAACUCCGACUUUGCCGAGGCCCCAGGUGCAGCGGGGCUCGGCCAAGGAGGCACCUUUCUCUGUCCCCAUUCCAAUCCAAGCGCCCCUAGCUCUGACGACGCCUAGAGACUCCAGAGUGAGUGCUAAAGCUCCCAGAGCUUGCAGCAGGUGUCCGGGGCGGGCCUCCGACUUCCCGGAGACAGUCAGGUUGAGGUCUUGCCCUCCCCAAAGCCCCAGCCCCUUCUUGGAGCUGGCCGUCCCGCGCCGCUGGAAACCGUGCCUCCUCGCAGCAUGGCCACUAGCCUCAGCCUGGACGAUCCUCUACUGCCAGUCUCGCUGUCCAUCCAGCAGACCACGCUCCUACUGCUCCUCUCGGUGCUAGCCGCCGUGCACGUGGGCCAGCGGCUGCUUAGGCAGCGGCGGCGACAGCCAGGGUCCGCGCCCCCCGGUCCCUUUGCGUGGCCGCUGAUCGGAAACGCGGCGGCUGUGGGCCCGGCGCCGCACCUCUCAUUCGCGCGCCUGGCGCGGCGCUACGGCGACGUCUUCCAGAUCCGUCUGGGCAGCUGCCCGGUAGUGGUGCUGAACGGCGAGCGCGCCAUCCGCCAGGCCCUGGUGCAGCAGGGCGCUGCCUUCGCCGACCGGCCACCCUUCGCCUCUUUCCGCGUGGUGUGUGGCGGCCGCAGCCUGGCUUUCGGCCGGUACUCGGAGCGCUGGAAGACGCAGCGGCGCACAGCGCAAAGCACGAUGCGAGCCUUCGCCACGCGCCAGCCGCGCAGCCGCCUCGUCCUCGAGGGCCACGUGCUAGGCGAGGCGCGCGAGUUGGUCGCGCUGCUGGUGCGCGGCAGCGCGGGCGGCGCCUUCCUCGACCCGCGGCCCCUGACCGUGGUGGCCGUGGCCAACGUCAUGAGCGCCGCGUGCUUCGGCUGCCGCUACAGCCACGACGACGCCGAGUUCCGAAAACUGCUCUGCCACAACGAGGAGUUCGGGCGCACGGUGGGCGCAGGCAGCCUGGUGGACGUGCUGCCCUGGCUGCAGCGCUUCCCCAACCCGGUGCGCACCGCCUUCCGUGAAUUCGAGCAGUUCAACCGCAACUUCAGCAACUUCGUCCUCGCCAAGUUCCUGCGGCACCGUGAAAACCUUCGGCCCGGGGCCGCCCCCCGAGACUUGAUGGACGCCUUCCUCCUCUCGGCGGGAAAGGAGGCGGCUGAGGGCUCGGGCGACGGCGGCGCGCGGCUAGACGUGGAGUACGUGCCGGCCACUAUCACCGACAUCUUUGGCGCCAGCCAGGACACUCUCUCCACCGCGCUGCAGUGGCUGCUCAUCCUUUUCACCAGGUAUCCUGAAGUGCAGGCUCGGGUCCAGGCAGAACUGGAUCAAGUCGUGGGUAGGGACCGUCUGCCCUGCCUGGACGACCAGCCCAACCUGCCCUACGUCAUGGCCUUUCUCUAUGAAGCCAUGCGCUUCUCCAGCUUUGUGCCCAUCACGAUUCCUCACGCCACCACUGCCAAUGCCUCUGUCUUGGGCUACCACAUUCCCAAGGACACGGUGGUUUUUGUUAACCAGUGGUCUGUGAAUCACGACCCAGUGAAGUGGCCUAACCCGGAGGACUUUGAUCCAGCCCGGUUCUUGGACAAGGACGGCUUCAUCAACAAGGAUCUAGCCAGCAGAGUGAUGAUUUUUUCAGUGGGCAGACGGCGGUGCAUCGGGGAAGAGCUUUCCAAGAUGCAGCUGUUUCUCUUCAUCUCCAUCCUGGCUCACGAGUGCAAUAUCAAGGCCAAUCCAGACGAGUCCCCGAAAAUAGAUUUUAGUUACGGCCUGACCAUUAAACCCAAGUCAUUUAAAAUCAAUGUCACUCUCAGAGAGUCCAUGGAGCUCCUUGAUAGUGCUGUCCAAAAGUUACAGGCUGAGGAAGACUGCCAGGGAGAAGCCAGAAACAAGUUGAAAUUUUAGAAGUACUCAACUUUUGAGGGAUGGGGAGUAAAAUUUUCUGGCUCCCCUGUGCCACUUUCUCAAUUAGCCUAACGUAAGCAUAAACCAAUUGUAGACGAUGUGCCUCACACUUGUGUGCUCAGAUGAGCGCUGGGCUAUGCAGGGGCUCUGGGAAGAUCUUUUGAGUCAAAGAGUUAAAGGGCCCCCCAAUUUUUAUACAACUAUCAAAUGCUGGUAAUAAUUUCUUAUAGGAGCAUUCUUUGGAAUUAAAACACACAUGCACACACACACAAAACUACCAUUAGGUAGAGAUAUCUCAGUAAUUAUGCUUUCGAGGGUGGAAUCCGAGAUUGAUGUUCUGUGUGCUGAAAUCUGCCCCAUAGAAAACCGUAUUAAGCAAAGUUCAGAAUGUAUUGUUGAAUACGCAAAGGCAAAUAAUUUCAGUGUAAGACAUGUGAUUGAGGGUGAUAAAGGAAAAGGUGAAGACCAGAAAUUCUCUUCUCACCUUUUCAGUAAAAUCGCUUAGUUCGGCUCUAGUAUCUAUGGAUGGAGUUAUUGUUUUGCCUACUGUUGUGCUUUUGCUUACAUUUUUGGAUGAGUUAUAAAGUCAUUUUCUCAAAUUGAAAUUAAUAGUAGUUGAUUUAGUGAUUAUAGUGGGUUUCAGUGAUUUAUUAAGAAUUUUAAAGGCUAAGUUGUUAAAUAGUAAAAAAAAAAAUCCAAGCUGAAGUCAUAUCUCUCUUGGUUGCCAAAGUACAGAAUUUCAA